AUGAUUCAUCAUUCACAAACAAUUGAAUCAUUUGUAUUUCUUCCUGAAAUUUUAAAUUAUAAUAAUAAUUUUCAACAAAUAAAUUCAUCUAAUAAUAAAUUACAAUUAACAAAUUCUCAACCAAUGGAAGAAUAUUAUCAUAUAUUAAUAAUAUUUCAAAAAAUUUCUCAAUUUUAUCAAUUACUUAUUGAUGAAUUAUAUGGUGUUCAUAUUGUACGAGAUUCACAUAUUCUACAACCAAUUGUAAUUAAUAUUAUUCGAUUACUUUUAUUUAUUGCAGAUAAAUUAAAACAAUAUAUUAAAAUUAAUUCACCAAUGAUAAUUAAUGAAAAUCAUUUUCGUAUAAAAGAAAAUGAAGAAAUUUGUCGUAUAGAAGAGAAAGAAAUGUUUACAAUGAAAUCAAAAUUUCAAUUAAUUGAAAUUCAUCCAACUAAUAUCGAUACUUUAACGUCAUCAAAAUCUUCGAAUGAUAAAAAUAUUGAAUAUGUUCGAAAUGAUAAUCAUUCAUUAAAUAUAAUACAAGAUGAUCAAACGAGUUCAUUAGAUUUUGAUGAAGAUGAAUUUUAUCGUUUAGCUAAUCUUGAACGAGAUGAUUAA